AUGAAGACUUUUUACAUUGCAAAUGGAAACAAAGACAGCACCUCCUUGAUUGGAAACAGAAACAGCAAUGGAACCAACCAACGGGCACAGGCAAACAGCACGAGGAGAGGGACCAUGCCGCGCCAAACUGGACCUCAGUCCGAAGAAAUGCUGCGAAGGAGUCUUCAAGAAUCCUGGCGGAGAAACUUGACAUGCUUGAUGAUGCCGACUUCCGGUGCGAUGAUCAUGAUAACGCAAGCCAAGUCAGCAAUGGGACUCCAGGUGCUCGAAACUGAGGGAAAGGGGAAAGACAAUAGGAGUUCUUACCUCGAAAGGGAAACGAAACACCAAACUCAAGGACUGACUUAUUUCUGA